AUGACCAGCCUUGGAGACCCAAACACUCGCGCUCGCAAGUACGGUCGUGUAUGGUCGUGGCUCAAUUCAAUCGAACAACAAUCCUUUCCGAUCGAAGAGUCAGAACAUCAACGCAAGCGACGUAAAAUAAUAAACGCCAAAUCAGACCGUGACAGUCAAUUGCAUCGCAUCCCAACGCCUCCGGGAUCGUCUCAAGCCAGCCACUUCGAAAUCGAGGCAAAUGCACAGAGGCUUCAUUCAAUGCCAAGAAAGCGAAGAAGGUCGACCCACGAUCAAGGUCUUAUUCACUCAGACGAAGAUGGCGCUGUUGAGGACACCCCCAGAGCAUCAUCAAGAGGCUUGAGGCAGGGAGCUCCGGGUCUGGACCGCGAUUCUUCAACCUCAUACGCUUCAUCUGGAGUCUCUGGCACAUCAUCACCCACCAAACAACUGCGCUAUGCUGCGACGCAAAAGACCGGAUUUGACGACUUCAAAUUCGAUGACUUUAUGGAUCAGUUACCGCCGUCUCUCCAAGAUUUACAUCAGCAGCUUCUUACCAUCGGUUACGGAUUUGGGCUUAUCCCUCAAACUUUGAAGCCUCAGCUGCAGGGCUUACGCAAUAUACCCGAGUUUGCCUUUUACGAUCCCGAUAAGAAUGCAAGCAAUUGGCGAAUUCCACAGCCUUCAUUCAUCCGCCAGGUUCUGCAGAGCGCUACCAAAUGCGAGUUUGGUCGCCACAGUGAAGCUUCUUGGAACAUGGAAGUUCACCGAUGCGUUCUCGACUUUGCUUUCCGUGCAGCAAACGAUGCUUCCGUUGGUGAUUACAGAUACUGCACCACUGCGCACAUCAUACCCGAGUACAAACCUUUCGGCACAUCAUCCAAAUGCGUUGACUUUUGCAUUUGCGUCGAGACUCCAAAGGAAAGCCUCGAACGCCAGAAGAUCGACGAUGCAAUCAAAACGCGGCCAGGCCUGUCAAUCAACCAUACAGACUGGGGCGACCUCUGCAAGAACCCUAUCGCACUUUCGAUCGAGACUAAGCGUCAGGUUAGUUGGGAGAAGGCGCUUCUUCAGAUAGGAUCACGACUGGUUUUUCGUGGCGUCGACGCUGCAGGACGGAAAGUCGACGACUUACCAUCGGUUGCCGCUUGGAAGCACGUAUAA